AACGCUCGCAAUAAACCUGCUCCCAGCCUCGCCCCAAAUACCGGUCCGCGCCGUGCCCGCAGCCACCGCCCGUCUGACAUUUCCAUUUUGACAUCCCGGCUGUCACUCCAAACAAUUGUCAUCCGCGUAUUUUCGUGCGCGUUUCCCGCUGGUGCGUCGCUCUUCCGCCGAUAAGAAAAUGCAAAUGCGGCCGCCUCGCCAAGAAUGCGUUUAGCGUAUCGAUUCGCCGCCUCGGGCCAGUCUGGUAACUUUCAUUUGACACUACAACAGGUUUUUCUGUCAUUCAGUCCACGGCCUGCCGCGCCGCGAACGCGAUGGAUGUGGUGACCGCGAUAUACCGAGUGUGUGUAAAAUGAGCGAGAGGAAGUUCGCAAGGGGGCUGGGGAAACCGGGGACGGCGGCCCAGCUGCGGGAGACCGUGUCCCAGGUCGUCAAGGAGAACACAGUGCUUAACAAACCCCAGCUCGUUGAACCCCUGGACUUCGAAAACUUCCUCCUCAAGAAUAAGACCGUUCUGCAGAAUGACCCCCAACGCGAGCUGCUGCUUUACCCCUCGGACGACAUCUCCGAGGUCGUCCUUCCACGACGCUACAGAACCCUCUACCAGACCUUCCCGUCGAGCGAAGACACCGACAACUGCUCCCUCUUCACCAAGCAGUGCAUCGCCAGCUACUCCUCCAACUGGAACUUGAUCCACUACAAGUACAACGCGUACUCCGGAACAUACGCGGACCUCCCGAAGUUGCCCAACACGGAGUACAAGGAGGAGAACUACGAGAUCGACAUCGAUACCGACGCGGAGGACGACGUGAAGCCGAGGGUCGACAGCGUCACGAAGGAGGGGUACUUGAUGAAGGGGCCCGAAGUGGGGUCGGAGCGGACGUUCGUGAACAUAGGCUCGAAGAGUUUCAAGAGGAGGUACUGCUCGUUGCGGCAGGAGGUGGAUGGUACCUACAUGCUCGAGUUGUACAAAGACGAAAAGAAAGGCGAAGCGAAGGUCACCAUCGUUAUGGAUUUUUGUACGGAUGUCGUGAAGAACCCCAAAAGAGGUCGCUUCUGCUUCGAGCUGCGCAUGACCGCCGGCCACAAAUCCUACCUCCUCGCCGCCGAGAACGACGCCGACUUCAAAGACUGGCUCUCCAAGCUCAGCUCCGUCCUCCACCAGAACAAGGUCCAGGAGGAAAAGCGCGCCGCUUCUCUCGAACGAGGUACGUUCUCCCCCUUUCUCUCCCACUCUCUCACACUCCUUCCGCUUCCAGAGCGCAACACCCCUCCGCCGUCGCCGCAGGUGCAGCCCUUCGGCACCCUCAAAGGCCUCGAGCAGAGCAUGAACCCCCAGCUCAUCAAGUACGCCCGCGAGACCGACGUCAGCAUCGCCUCCUCCCGCAAGGAGAACCGCCACAAGCUGUUCCCGCUCUACCCCCAGCUCGCCGCCAACCUCAAGCCUUCCAAUUCUAGUCAGAACCAAGUCGAGCCGUACAAGGAGGUCUUCGGCAACCGGGUGUUCCUCAAGUGCGAGAGCAUCAAGUUCCGGCUGCAGGCCGUCGACGAGAAGGAGAAUCUGUGCCAAGUGGAGCCCUACCACACCACGCUGUGCCUGUUCGAUGCCAAAAACGCGAGGAAGUUGACCGAGAACUUCCACUUCGACGUGAACAGCGCCUGCAUCAGGAGGACGAUGUUCGCGGGAUGCGAGGGGGAGGCAAGGGUGGAGCUGCCGCAAGGGGUGGGGCAGCAGUGGCUGUUCUUCCCGAGGCAGGCGCUCAUCAGUAUUACCAACCCCCAUCCGGACAUUUUUCUGGUGGUGAGGAUCGAGAAGGUGUUGCAGGGGGGGAUCUGCCAGAGCUCGGAGCCCUACGUCAAGGCCAAUAAGGACCCGAAGGUGAGUCUGAAGGUCUACAAGAACAUCGGAAUGUGCUGCCAGAGGCUGGGGAACUACCGGAUGCCUUUCGCCUGGGCUGUUAGACCGUUGUUUAGAUUAUAUAGUAACGAAUUAGAUAAUACUUCGGAUUUCCACGCCAUCUACCGGCAGGAACCCAACAAGCUGACUGACGAGGAACUGUUAAAGCUGUUAACAGAGUACCGAAAGCCUGAUAAAUUUAGUAAAUUCACUGUGAUCCCCGGUUCCUUACACAUAAAAAUUACUGCCAUGAACGAGUUACCUUCUAAUUGUCUGACCACCGCUCUGGUCCCCCUCAAGCCCUUCCCGGUACCCCCCAGCACCGAACCCACCAUAGAAGUCAUCGAGUUCGAAGCCUGCUCCGAAAAAGACAUCCACCCGUACACGACGUUCGUCAACCACCUCUACGUCUACCCCCUCUGCCUCAACUUCGACACUCAGAAGAUGUUCGCGAGGGCGCGCAACAUCGCCUGCUUGGUGGAGCUGCGCGACUCGGACAACGAGGAGGCGAGGGGGCUGCCCUGCAUUUACGGCAGACCGGGGCAAGGGCCGCUGGUCUCGCAGGCCUCCUGCGCAGUGCUGCAUCACAGUACCAUACCCACGUGGUACGAGGAAGUCAAGAUCAAGCUUCCGAUUAAUUUGUUGUCGACGCAUCACUUGUUGUUUAGUUUUUACCAUAUUUCCUGUGAUAUUACGAAGAAGAGAGAGAAUGGAAUCGAGAACUGCGUCGGGUAUGCGUGGCUGCCGCUGCUGCAGAAGGGGAAACUGAAUGUGGAGGUGCAGACGAUACCGGUGGCGGCGCAUCUGCCCCCGGGGUACUUGGCGGUGCACCCGUUCGGGCUGGGCAAAGGGAACGCCGGCCCCGAGAUCCUCUGGAUCGACGGCCAGAAACCCAUCUUCACCGUCGGCUUCAACCUCUACUCCACCGUCAACACCAAAGACCAACACCUCUUCAACCUCUUCCUCCACGCCGAGCGCCUCCUGGACCCCAAGCCCUCCGCCCUUCCUUCCGAAGUCGAGACGUGCAAAAUCCUCAAAGCCCUCCACGCCAUCCAACUCACCACUCUGAUCACAUUCCUGCCCACCCUCCUCAACCAACUCUUCAAACUCCUCGUCUCCGCCAACAGCGAAGAAAUCGGCUUGAACAUCAUCCGGGUGCUCAUCAACCUGGUGAACAUGGUGUAUGAAGCGGGACGCAGGGAGAUCCUCCAAGCUUACGUCAAGUACGUGUUCAUCACGCCUCUGAGCAAAAGGAACAUCACAGUUCACGAAGAAAUGAGCAAACACUUGCCGAUUAUUCUUCACCCGAACAACACCGAUUUUUUAGUGGUCAAUAAGUUUAUGCAUCAUGGGGAUUUUUUCUUUGAUGUGAUUGUGAAGGCCAUGGCUCAACAUCUGCUGCUGUCGGGGAGAAUCAAGAUGCAUAGAAACGAGCGCUUCUCCUCCGACUACCACCAGAAGAUCGAAACCCUGAUGCAGAUCCUCAUCCCCUACAUCCUCAACAAAUACAAAGAGAUGCCCGUCGAAACAAAAGAACUGAACAAGAGCCUAGCGCACUUCCUCAAGAGGUGUCUGUCUUUGAUGGACCGAGGCUUCGUCUUCAAACUGAUCAACUUCUACUUGGACAAGUUCAACCCAGGCGAUCCCCGGGUUCUGCAAGAGUACAAAUUCUCCUUCUUGGAGAUCGUCUGCAACCACGAACACUACGUAGCCUUUAAUUUACCCAUCCAACAAAAUAAACUCAGUCCGAAGAAUCGUUCGCCGGACAAGUCGCAAGAGUUCAGUCUUUCGGAAGAAUUCUGCAAACACCACUUCGUGGUGGCUUUGCUCCUUCAGGAGAUAAAGACUUCGCUGAACGAGGUGACGCACAUCCGGAGGAUCGCGUUGAACACCCUGAGGGAUCUUCUGGCUAAACACGAGUUGGACGACAGGUACCAGAACAAAGGGCAGUUGAACAGGAUAGCGAUGAUUUAUGUACCGUGGUUGAGUGUGGUGUUGGAGAACUUGAAUCGGUUGGAUGUUCUGGAACGAGGGGAUGAAGGCCAGGAUAGUAGUAUAGUGAACAGGAUAUCCACGAGUAGUUCGUACAUGUUCGGGAAGAGUUCGGCUGCGAGCGACGCGACGCCGAGGAGUCACAGGUUCACUCUCCACAUAGAUAAGGACAGUCCGAUGCAUAUUAGGAAUUCGGCGUUUUUCGAAGCAAUCGCCGGUCAAUCUCUAGUCAAUGGUAACUCCCUCAGCAUCGACUCCGACAUCUCCGCCGUCUCCACCGACGCCCAAUCCACCGCCUCCCAGGACACCGCCAUCGUCCGCGAAGACGUCCUCCGCAACGGCGACUCCAAAUCCCACACCCGCACCACCUCGCACGUGCAGCGCUACGACAAACUCCAGUCCUCCGAGGUGAAAGACGUCCUCUUAAUCUUCCUCUUCGUGGUCAAGUACCUCGGCGAGGAGCAGCUCAUCGCCUGGUGGCAACAAUACGGCGACGUCGACGUGUCCAACUUCUUCGCCGUGUUAGAAAUGUGCCUGCACUGCUUCAAGUACGUGGGCAAGCGCAACGUGACGGUGGUGAAGCAGCAAGGGGUGGACGGCACGAAGAGCAACCCCAAGAAGGCGCACACGCUGCCGGCGCGGAUGAACCCGGCGGAGAUGAACCACGAGAACACGAGCACGCUGGUGAUUCACAUGGCGAAUCGGGAGAACUUGAUCAGUUCGGAGAACGAGGUGCUGAAGAAGCAGCAGGCGGUCUUGGAGCAGCACCUGGCGACGGAGGUGGGGAUGAUCACGUUGGACGCGAUGGGGUUGUACUGCAUGAAUUUUCGGAAGAGUCUGGUGGCGGCGGACGGGGACAACGAGGUGAUGAAGAAGAUUUUCGAUAUUUAUUUGACGUUUAUGCAGAUCGGGCAGAGCGAGGGUUUGUUCAAGCACGUUUUUGCGGCGCUGAGGGCAUUCAUCAAUAACUACUCGGCGGUGCUGUUUCAAGGCAACGCUGUACUCUGCGGCCGACUAUGCUACGAACUCCUGAAGUGCUGCAACAGCCGCCUUUCGUCAGUCCGACAAGAAUCCUGCGCCAUCUUAUACCUUCUAAUGCGAAGCAACUUCGAAUUCACCAACCGGAAGGGCCUAACGAGGGUGCACCUACAAGUCAUUAUAUCGGUGUCCCAGAUGCUGGGGAAUAUCGUAGGGCUGAACAACGCUCGUUUCCAGGAGAGUCUGUCCUUGAUCAACAGCUACGCUUCUAGCGACAAGGCCAUGAAGGGCACAGGUUUCCCGGUGGAAGUCAAAGACCUCACCAAGCGCAUCCGCACCGUCCUCAUGGCCACCCUCCAGAUGCGCGAGCACCACCACGACCCCGAGAUGCUCGUCGACCUCCAGCACAGCCUCGCCAACUCGUACGCCUCCACCCCCGAGCUGCGCCACACCUGGCUCGAGACCAUGACCAGGAACCACGUCCGCGACGGCAACUACUCCGAAGCCACCUGCUGCCAGCUGCACAUCGCCGCCCUCAUGGCCGAGUACCUCAAACUCAAGAAGGUGCAACCGUGGGGGGCCGAGGUGUUCGAGAAGAUCUCGUCCAACAUCUCCCGCGACGAGAAAGGCCUGAAGCUCGACGCCGGCGUCCAGGACAUCCAGUACACCGAGAUCGUCCUCUUGGAGCAGCUGGAGACGUGCGUGCAGUUCAUAGACAAGUCCGAGAGGUACGAGGUCAUGGGGGAGUUGUACAGGCUGAUCGUGCCGAUCUACGAGAAGGCGAGGAACUACGAGAUGCUGAUGAAGUCGUACCAGAAUUUGGCGCAGAACUACGAGAAGAUCGUGCAGGCGAAUAAGAGCGGGAGGAGGUUGCUGGGGAGGUACUACAGGGUGGGGUUUUACGGGCAGGCGUACUUCGAGGAGGAUAGCGGGGUGGAGUAUGUGUACAAGGAGCCGAAGGUGACGUCGCUGAGCGAGAUCUCGGAGCGGCUGCAUAAGCAGUACUGCGACAAGAUCGGGCAGGACGUGGUGAGGAUGAUACAGGAUUCGACGCCGGUGACCCAGAGCGAGCUCGACCCCAAACUAGCCUACAUCCAAGUGACCCACGUGACCCCGUACCUCGAGAAGACCGAGCUCGAGGACCGCCAAACCGACUUCGAGCAGAACCACGACAUCGACACCUUCAUGUUCGAGACGCCCUUCACCAAGGACGGCAAGGCCCGGGGAAACCCCGAGGAGCAGUGGAAGCGGCGGACCAUCCUCAAAACCGAGUACUCUUUCCCCUACGUCAAGAAGCGCAUAAAAGUCCAGUCGAGACGCACCACCGAGCUCAGCCCCAUCGAGGUGGCCAUCCACGAGAUGCACGUGCGGGUCCAGGAGCUCGAGGACGUCGUCUUCAUGGAGCCCACCGACGCCAAGAAGCUGCAGUUGUUGUUGCAGGGGAGCGUCUGCGUCCAGGUGAACGCCGGGCCUUUGGCGUACGCGUCGGUGUUCCUGGAUCCGGCCCUGUGCAAUAUGUAUCCCGAGGAUAAGGUGGAGGAGUUGAAGGAUAUUUUUCGGGAGUUUUUGAAGAUCUGCUACUCGGCGCUCCAGGUCAACGGGAAAUUGAUAUCCCAGGACCAGCUGGAGUACCAGGAGGUCCUGCGCCAGAACUACAAAAAGUUGUGUACGUCGUUGUCGAGUCUGUUCGGCGAAUCUUUGUGGCCCCACGACGAAACCGGAAGUUUCAAGAGGAACAGCAUGGCGUUGUUCAGUGCGAUAAGCGGGGCUUCGCAGAAUUCGAGUACGGCAUGAAGUUGCGUUGUUCGAGUCCUGAGACGGGACGACUGUGAAUAUAUUUCUUCUGUUCUGUUUUUCUAUGUAAUUUAUGAAUUUACACAGAUUAACUAAUUCGUAAUGAAUGUUGUUGUGUCAUUAAUAUCGACUUGUGUCACGUCUGGCGCACUCCGAGUCCGAGCAUAGUACACAAAAUUUGAUUGAUUUUUCUAAAGAGAUGAAAAUUUAGGAGCAGAUUAGUCUUUAUACGUGUUUUAUACUUUUAUAAAAGUUCGAAAGACUGACAAGCUCAAUUUUGCCCCAGAGUCCUCAAUUUUCUCGUUAGGAAAUGUCAUAGUUGAAUCUAACUCUAAAAUCUCGUUGUUCUUUUCAAGUUUUCGAUGUCUCUUAGUGUUCUUUUGUGUGUGGGCUGUGAAAUUAACAAGAUGUGAGAAUUAUCCCGACUUAGUCAGAGCUAGUUAUGAGAAUGACAAACGUUGUAUUCCAGUCAAUUGCCAAAAAUGCAUUUGGAGCGGUGGCCCGGGUCGAGGGCGCCGCGCUUUACAAAAUAUGUGGAAUUUAAGAAAUUUAUUUAUUGGGUGCAAACCUGCCGACAAGCUUGCGUUUUAGCGUAUCAUUUCAGUUAUUGUACCUCAUUGUGGCAACGCUAAUUUUAUUUCCAUAUUCGAGACACGAUUUAUAUUUUUUUAUGAUUUUACUCUCAUAGUCUAAUUCUUAAAAUUAUUGUUGUAUUAGAUGAUUAUUAUUGCAAUACAUAAUUGAUUAGUUA